AGUCCCUCUUGCUGGUGCUGUUGCUCACGGCUUGCCUCCCGUCAUGUGGCUGCCAGGCCUCGUUUGCAAUCUGAUCCCCCCCCCAAAAGGGUCUGGAUGCAAUAAAAGAUAGGCAACAGCGCCGGGUCGUGCCCGCCCUCACGUCCUUCCCCACCCUUUCCCAUCCCUUCCCACCACCCACCACAACCCAUCUCAACCCAUCUCGACCCAGACUAUUCGAUACCACAAAUGGCUGAUGAUCUACCAGACUCCGGUCCAGCCACCCAGCACCCCAUCCUCGACCUCGUCGAUGCGGCCCGCGAGAUUCCCGCCUUUCCCGCCUUCCGGACAGCCGAGCACGAUGUGCCAGAAACCCUGACCUUCAAGCAGUUCUGGGAUCUCUGUCAGGCAGUCGCUCAGUCCCUCAAGGCCCUCCCGGGCUGGGAAGCCACCGGCGACUUUGUCGGCAUCUACGUCGACAUCGACAUCAACUGGCCCGUCGCCAUCUACUCGCUGUGGAUCCUCGGCAAGUCCCCCGCUGUCUUUGGCACCCAUUGGUCGCGCCCGGUCCGUGAGGCCAUCGUCGAGCGUCUCGAUGUCAAGUUUGUUCUCCACGGAGCCGUCCGUCCCGGAGUGACCCCGGGCAUUGCCCUCGUCAGCGUCCCAACGCUCCGCCAGCAGGCCACCGUCGUCCCCGUCCCUGCCGAUCGAGCCUAUUGUGCCGAGCGCCUCCCGACAAUCGAGGCUGUUUGCCACACCUCUGGUACCACCGGCAUUCCAAAGUCCAUCUUCACGACCUUCUCCAAGCUCACUGUCGACAUGGACUUGCUCCAUGGACGCAUCCUCAAGCCGUUUACCGUGGUGCUCGCUCCGACCUUUGGCACCAGCAUGGCCAUGGUGUCGUCCAUGGCCAAGAAUCGCUGCACCAUGUGGUUGGCCAAGCCCACGGACGACAUCUCCACCAAGAUUGCGCGCAUCGCCGGGAUGCUCCGCGACGGCGUCAGUAUGGUCCUUAGCUCCUCUUCGUACCUGCGGCUCCUGAUUGCCUACGCCGAGGCUCAUCGCGAGGUCUGGCCUAGCCUGGACAGCUACUAUCUCACAGGCGAACUGGUGACGCCCGCCAUGAUUGAAGCCGCCAAAGGCGUCUUUCCCCACGCCGACAUUCGUUGCAUGUUUGCCUCGACCGAGUCGGCCUCGGUCGGCGCAAUCAGCUCCAUGUUCAUCCCGGCGUCCAUGCCACCACCCAAGCAGAUCGUAUACCGCCUGCUGAACCCACAAUGCCACCUUGUGCUUCUGGACGACGAUGGCAACGAGCUGCCUCCCGAGGCCAAGCGCGGAAUCCUCUGCUUUGCCGUUCCCAGAGACGAUCCCCGCGUCGACGGGCCCGAGUUCUUGGCCGUCACCCCGGACUCGCCCAAGCUGGCGUCCUUCAACUUUCUGCAGGAUGGCCGUCCACGGGUCUGCACCUCAGAUGCAGCCGAGAUUGUCGACGAGCGCCACUUCAUCAUCCAUGGCCGAGCCGGCCGCCGCCUCAAGCAGAAUAUGAUCUUUGUUGACCUGGAUGUUCUGGACGAAAAGAUUGUCCUGGGAAUGGGCGAGUAUUUCAAGGACAGCUUCGUGACUUCGACUGCCAGUGGCCACGUUGCCUUGCUCUAUGCUCUCAAGCCAGCCCACGUCGGCAGAAUCAGCAGCAAGCAGGUCCUCGACGAGAUUCACAAGAUCCUCGCCUACAAUGAGUUCUCGGGCGUCACGGUCCACAAUGCCAUCGAGCUGCCGGACAUGAUCUACAACGGCUCUGGCAAGCGCGACCUCAAGGUCCUGACCAAGAUCGCCACCCAGGCCGAGACCGAGGGCCACUUUAUCGAGUAUCCUGUCCUCCCAACCGAGGGUGCGUACCUGGCCCGAAAGAUAUCCAGCCUGGCCUCGGAGCUGCUGGACAUUCCCCGCCUGAACGGCCGCGACUUUUACUUUGCCGGCUCGGGCUUUGACAUCACAUCCGUCGCACGGCUCUCCGAGGGCAUCGAAUCCGAGUAUGGGACCCACAUCGAUUCGGGGCUUUUGCUAUCCAGCGGCAUGUCCCCCAGCCGGGUGGCCGAGAUCGUUGGCGCCCGCCCUUCUGUCGAUGCUGCCCCUGAUAGUGGCAUUGCAGUCAACACUCCCGGCGGGCCGCUGUAUUCCCCCGGUGCAAGUUCACCCGCAGCCGACGGCUACGGCUACGGCCACGGAAAGCCAGCCAUUACUCCCGGCGACGGAGAGCCAGCAAUCGCCCCGGUCGAAGGCGCCUCUCUUCCUGCAACCGCCACCAGCGCCGAGACCGUUAAUGCAACCAGCGCCUCUAAUCCCUCUGCAAGUAGCAGCUCCAAGAGGCUAUCGUUCUUCAAGAGAAGACCAUCUGCCGCCACCCAGCGCCAUGGCAUCAAGUGCUUGAUCCAAUAGGCAUCUCGCACCUCCACAUACUAUCGCUAUGGGUACCGGCAGAUACACCUCGCUAACACCAUCCGUAUGCUGUGUCUCUCUGUCCGUCUGUCUGUCUGCUGUGUCCUACACUACGACCUGUAUCCUUCUUGCGGCAUAUCUCUGAGCUUGUCUCGGCCUGUUGUCCCGCCCAUCGCUAUGACCAUCUUCAUUUGUCUGGUAUUCGAUCUUUUUUUCUUUCUUUCUUCCUCCUCAUUGCCAAUGCCAACAAUCCUCAUGCUAUCCCGACGGACGCUUUGUUUCUGUUUGUGGAGGCCCCUCAAUCCUUUGGCUGUUCUCCGUAUCCUCAUUCUGCCCUGCACACUUUCCUUAUCGAUCCAAGUUCGAAGCACCCCAAGCAAACCACGAACCUCGUUCUCAACAAUUGAUCAAUACAAUUCCACUUUUCUCUCUCUC